CUUCCAUCCAUCUCAUCUCAUACAUCCAGUCGAAACUCACUAAUACUUACCUAUAUACUUCCACAUUUCCCUGCUACGAAUGGUUAGCGCUAAGGUGGUUUAUAACAAUUAGAAAGGAAUCACUAAAUAUUUAUGAAGGAAUUCUGUAUAUCAAUUAUAUUAAACAGCUGAACGACAUUGAAAACGCAUGGUAACCAGGCCGGAUAAUAAGCAGCAAUUUCAAAAUAGAAUAUCUACUGUGCAAACGCUUCCCUUGCUGCACCAACCCGAAUAUAUUAAAAAGGAAGUGAGACGUCCGUUUAGGUUAUGAAGCAGCUCGCAAAUCAAUCUUAACCCCCCUCUUAAAGCUUUCCGAGCCUCUCUCGGACCUCUCUUUAUUACCGAAAAAAGAAAGGAAAUAAUAUAAAAACUCACCGGAACGGUCACCAUGGGUCAAGGACCGUCUCAUGACAUAGUCCAACUCGAGACUAGAGUUGAAGAUCCACAGAACGGAAAAUCCCCAAAGGGUCUUGCUCUCAUAGCACAUGGCCGUCUCGGUGGAAACUUUGACCAACCGCCAGUUCGCCUUCUCGCCGAAUAUCUAAGGGAUAAGAAACAGUUAAGAGUCGUCACAUGGAACGCCCGCGGAAUAGGUCGGAGUGGGGGAGGGAAUGAGUGGACUGACUUUGGCGUCUGGAUAGGAGACGCUGGGAUCAAUGACUACCACCGAAUGCUUCGGGAGUCCAUGACUCAAUAUGUAGAAGAUUUCCCUGAUACACAAGGGGCUCAGUUAUUCUUAUGCGGCUACUCAGCAGGCGCCAUAUUCGCCGGAUGCAGUCGUCCCCCGCUGUCAUUUCCCCAAUUCGCUCCCGCUCACUACAUCCUCAUAUCAUAUCCAAUAGAACUCAACCCCCUCAUCGCCUUUCACAAGUCGGGUUCCUACUUCCGCUCGGUCGAGGCACUAGUACAGGGCCACGGGUGGGAAAAUCUUCCCGGCGAGUUCCAAGGUCGCGAACCAGAGGUGGCCGGAGUGCUUACCGUCACAGGCCAGUGGGAAGGCGUCUUCUAUGGCAUGUGGACUCAGAUUCUAGGGAGUAAGAAUGCUCGGAAUGUCCUAAGGCAAGUUAGGGUCGAAGGAGCCAACCAUGCGUGGGAUGAUAAAGCGCCGCGUAUCGUUGAAGAAGUCGACAAGUGGUUGUCUAGUAUUUGAAGGCAUUAAUGAGGUAUGAGUAUCGAUCCCAGUUUUUCGGAUUACAUGAUGUGUCUCCAGGAAACCGAAGUGAGUUGGCUCAAAGGAUUAUAAAGCCGUGUAUAACUAAUUAGAAAUGUUAUUGAAUGUUGAUAAUACCCUGGAAGAGCCGAUCGAACUAGAGAGCGACUAUGGGUGGUCUCAAUCUACAUGUACACACUCCACUUAACUAUAUCAACAAAUCAAGACUUUAAAAGGGCUCGAAAUGUACCGUUUUGAGAAUGAUGCGGAAGACUCAGUCAAUCAGAGUUGAUUGAGCAACGUACAUAUCCACUACAAUGCUGCACAAUUAUAUUUAACCCG